AUGAUAAUUGAUGAUUCAUCUUCAAAGGCUUUAAAGAAAUAUCUUAGUCAUAUUCUGGAGCCGAUAUGCGACGCAGAUCCUGAUGUCUUGGCCGAAUAUGUCAUUGCCCUCUUGAAACAUGACAAGUCCAACCAAGAUCUAAGGCAGCUGUGCAUAGAUCAACUCGACGAUUUUCUUAAAGAAGAAACGGAACCGUUUGUCGAAAAGUUGUUUGAAUCUUUAGCUACCAAAGAAUAUCUCGGUGAGACAAGCGCGUUAUCUACACUUCACAUAAAGCAGGAGUCACCAACUACAAAUACACAUCCAACCAGCAAUUCAUCGAUAGAAAAUAAAUCCAAUUUACCCCAAGAUUACCCUACAGAAAAAGUUGAAAAUCAAAAUUCUAAAAUAGGAGUUCGAAAACGAGAAGAAAGUGAAGGGUCAGAUGACGAUGACGAUCGUAAUUAUAAACAUAGAGAAAGGGGUGGUGAUAAUAGUCGAGACGAUUAUCGACGGCACGGUGAACGGCCAACUACGAACCGUGACGAUGAGAGGGAUCCCAAGAGCAAGCGAUUUCGUGGUGAAGGUAUUCCUACCGGGCCUGCUGCAGGAGCAGCUCAAUAUAAUAACAAUUAUCAAGAUGAUCGAACCUUUAAACGACGGCGUGAUGAGAAUGAAGAAGAUUUUCGAUCAAAUAAAAUUCCUCGAAAUAAUUUGUUACUAGGAGCGGGACAAAAUAUGCCUGGAACUGGCAAUGGAUAUAUUGCCGGAAAUGGUACGGGUGUGGGAAGUGUUCGACGUCCAGACUUCGAUAGAGACAACCGUCUAAAUAGGAAUUUUAUACCAAUAACGUCGAAUCCCCCGGUUCCCAAUAUAGGUUCUGCACGAUGGGGAAGUGAAUGGGGUGCCAACGGAAUGAACGUUCCGGUAAACGAUCGAUUUGACGACCGGAGAAUGCGAAGCGGCAGAAUGAACGACCGAGGCGGUGGUCGAGGCAAUUCUAUGGGUGUAAAUCGCGGCGGCUAUUCGGAUUCUAGACCCGGACGGCGCCAGCGCUGUCGUGAUUAUGAUGAAAAAGGAUACUGUAUGCGAGGCGACCUAUGCCCGUUUGAUCAUGGUGUCGACAGAAUCGUAGUCGAUGAUGUUCCAUUGAAUCGACCAUUUGAUAUCAUAUCCCCUAUGGCUGCUACACCAUUAGCUGGACCUGUAGGUAUGAUGGGGGGCGGUGUUGGUUCCAGACCACCAUUUUUUAUGGGUGCUGCUGGCGUACGUAAUCAGUUCGAACUCGAUACUGGUUUUUCCCAAACAUCUAGGGCGAUGACCCCUACAGCAGAUGCUUAUGAUCCUGAACGUGCUACUUUAUCACGUCCUGAAGAAUUGCUUUCACCAACUUUGAUCGAACAAAAAGAAAAUGAGAUUCAACCUUCUUCCGAAAAUCCAACCUCUGACACGACCAUUCCUCUGACAUCACCACAGAGUAUUCCACAUUUUCUUGAUUCAAGCACAGCUCAACUUGCGCGCGGAGCCUCAUUUAGGGGACGAGGUCGUGCUCGUGGUCGCGCCGGUUUCAACGGCAGUAAUAGGUUUAAUAGUCAAACAAACAAAAAUGCGACAUUAGUUGUAGAAAAUAUACCAAGUGAAUUCUGUAAUCUUGACAAAAUUAACGAAUUCUUUAAAAAAUUUGGUACCAUUACUAACAUUAAUGUCGACAUUACCCACCACAAGGCUAUCAUUCAAUUCAACAAUAGUUCUGAUGCCUAUAAAGCUUAUAAUUCUCCAGAGCCAAUUUUUGAUAAUCGGUUUGUCAAAGUAUAUUGGUACAAAGAGAAAGAGGAUCAACAAAGUUUGAACACUACAACACAAAAGCAAGUUGUUACACCGCCUAAACCAGAAACUCCAGUAGCUAUUCCUGAGAAUCCUGCACAAUCUUCAGCAGAAAAAGCGAAAGAAGUGGAGGAAAAAGCAAAAAAACAGAAGGAAAGUCUCAAAGCAAUGCUCGAAAUUCAAAAACAAAGAGAACAGUUAAUUAAUCGUCAGAUUGAAGAGCAAAAAAAAUUAAUGGAACUCGCAAAAAAGAAAAAUGUGAAUGCCAAAAAUCGCGAAGAAGUUCUGAAAACUCUAAACAAAGUUGGUGAAGAUAUUAAAAAUGAUACAACUGUAAGCGUUCGUAAACCUAUUUUGACGGGAGUAGUUCCUUCAAAAAAUUUAUUAGAAGAAAAGGAGCGUGAACAGUUGGAUAGGGAACUUGAUAUGUUAAGUAAGAUCAACGAGACCGGCGUUGCAAAUGAACCAUCUACGACAACUUCCUCAUCAACUGUAGUUCAGGCUAAUUCAGAAACAGUAAAUUCCGAGACAAAUGCUUCUGCAUCCACAGGCUCGGGUGAACCUGUUUCAUACCGCGGAAGAGGGCGUACACCAUUCUAUCGCGGUAGGGCUCGUGCUUCUUGGCAACGAGUCCGUGGUGGUGGCGUACGCUCUUUUAAGCUUGAUAACCGCACCACAAAAUUACAACUUAAAGAAGUUCCUGCAGAUUCUAAUGAUGCUAUCCGUAAUUAUUUCCAGCAAUUUGGUGAAAUUGAAUCUGUUACGUUUGCUGAUGAAGUGCGGUCAGCGAUUGUUCAGUUCAAAAAUAGAUAUGACGCUGAGCAGGCGCUUGCAAAAGGCCCUAAUAUUCCAAAUGUUGGAUCUGUGCAAAUGUCAUGGCUCAUGGAAGCAAACUCUUCUCCUCGUCCAUCUGAGGAUACUUCUAACACUACAACUAGUCCGACUUCUAAUACAGCCGAUGCCUCAGAUAUUCAAACAAUCGGAACUGAAUCGCUCGCAAACGUGUCAAAUUUCGAGGACGAUGAAGAUGAUGAACGAGAAC